GUUCUGUGCCUGAACGAAAGUUCACCUGGCUGCUGGUUGUUUCAUUUGACAUGCUAACUAAUUAGCCAAAAGAAACUGCGUCUGUGUGACAUGUAUGAUUUGACAUCGUUGAAUAAAACAGGUGUUGGCUCUUUAGCUGCAGUGAAAGUGAAGCUCUGACAGGAUUCGGGCUGCUUUUCCACCUGCUGCUGUUCUCAAUGAGGUACAGAGGAGCCCAGAUCUGUCUCCGGGCUCAUGGCUCGUGCUGUCUAUCAUGUCUCUCCCUGCCUGGCAGAAUCACUGUGGUCCGAACCUACAGUGCUCACCACCAGCCCAGCUCCCCGCCACCCACUAAGCCUACCCCUUCUGAUGGGAAGAGUGGAGCCGAGGUGGUGAAGGAACGUGCACUAACUGCCUUACAGCAUGCAGGUGAUUUGGGAAGGCAGUGGGGUCAGAGGACAGCUCAGACGGCCACCGCCUCAGUCAACUACUGGUGGGUGAGGUACGAGGAGUUUGUCGGGAUCAAUGAGGUCCGCGAGGCCCAGACCAAAGUCACUGAGGCUGAGGCAGCCUUUAUGGUGGCCAGAGGGAUGGUGCGUGAGGCUCAUGCCAGCCUGGAGGCCCUGCAGGUCAGACUGAAAGAGGUCAGAGAUCGGCUGGACAGAGUCUCCAGGGAGGAGGCUCAGUACCUGGAGCUGGCCACACAGGAGCACAAACUACUGCAGGAGGAGCGUCGUCUCCGGACGGCAUAUGAGAACGCAGAGGGAUCGGAGAGGGAGAAGUUCGCCUUGUUUUCAGCAGGUGUCAGAGAGAGCCACGAGAAGGAGAGGGCAAGAGCAGAACGCACCAAGAAUUGGUCCAUCAUCGGCUCCGUGCUCGGAGCCCUCAUCGGAGUCAUGGGAUCAACGUACAUCAAUCGCGUCCGCCUGCAGGAAUUGAAGAGUCUGCUGUUGGAGGCCCAGAAAGGUCCAGAGAGCCUGCAGGAAGCCCUCAGAGUCCAGGCUGUAAAUCAUCGCUCCCAGCAGGACGAGCUCCGAACGAUCAUUGACAGCCUCAGGGUCACUCUGAAUGACGCCUCCACACAGAGGGACAUUGGCCUUCAGGAUAAGAGAGCUCCGGCCCCAGCCUCACCCUCGGUGCCUCUUUCAGCCUUAAAAGACCUCCACAUCCGCAGCCAAAAAACAGAGUCACUUCUGGAGUCCCUCCGGCCACAACUGGGCCACCUGGAGCAAGGGCUUGGUAGAGUCGAAGGUGAUUUGUCGGUGGUGAAGAGGCUGCUGGAGACCACACCUCAGGCUGAAACACAGGCUGUUCAGCCGCAGUUAGCAGCACCAGAGAGACCAGAGCGAGGGGACCAGUGGGAGUCAGAAGUGGUGGUGAAUCGCCUAGAGGAGACCCAGAGGACGCUAGGAGAACGAAUCAGGGCAAACACUCUUUACAACGCUGUAUUUACCUACACCGCCACUGCCAUCACCAUCUCUGCUGUCUACCUGCUAACGAGAGGAGCUGGUUAGACGUGAUACCUCCAGUCUGAAUAUGUUCACAUGCACUGUACGUCUGUUGGUCACUGAGAGUAAUAAUAUAAAUUAAUUAUGUCAGAAAACAUUUACUUUAUUGGAAGUAACUGAGUUUCUGUAUUAAACUGGUAAUAGGUGCUGAUUUGGGCUUAUCUUCCACUGCUGCUGUUCACUGCACUACUGACCGCCUCUGAAUAUUUUUAAUUCCGUGAUCUCAAGAUAAAAUGAUAACAUCACAAUUUACCUGAAAGGCGCAGAAAAACAUGGACUCUUGGGAUUCAUUCACACCUUACACUGUCAAUCGAUCAAACAUGUCAAUAAUUAAAAAAGAACAGUGCUUCAUUACCAGGCUGCUAGUGUUGCUUUGUAGGCUAACGUUAGCAACAUGUGCUGCUACCCCGCCAGCCUGCACUGAUAUGAGAGAAGCAGUUACAAGUGUAGCAACUUUGCUGCUAGACUUAAGGUACAUUUUGGGUGUCGUAUGGCAUAAUAUGGGGGAAUACAACAUGGAAAUAUGUCAAAAUGGCAAUAACAUUUUUUCAUUAGCUAAGUAGCUAGUUAGCUACUGAGACAUCAGCAUAAUAGACCAUAAUACAUUGAAAUAUUAAACCAAGAUAAUAUGAUUGUUAUUGUAAUUUUAAAAUCUUUAUCAAUGAAGGAGAAUUUAAUUGUGGGUUUCUGUUUGUGCAGUGAUUUCUCAUAACACCAGGUUUCGUCUGUACCUCUGAAAACCUCUGUUCGGAGGGCCUAAAACUUCACCCUACCCCUCUAUCCCAACAAGACUCGGGACGCCCUACCUCUAGGCUGAGUGUCAGGGGCAGCAGGUGUAUUGGGGUAAAGCCUUAGUAUCUGUUAUUUCAUGUCCAUUAUUGUAACUGUUUGUCCUAAAUUGUCAAACAUGAUCAUCAGGUUUCUUGUUUGAAGUGACGCUACACAUUACUGAACGACACAUUAGAGUACAGCAUAAACACUAUUUGUAAGGUCGCAUCUAUUAAAUACUUGUCAUCAUUUCCCUCAUAAAAUGGCAAUCACAAUACCCCAGCCUAAAAAUCACGUCUUUAAAUUGCUUGUUUUUUCCCUCCGACAUUGCUGGAUUAUUCACAUAGGGGCUAAAAUAAGCUGUGGGUCUGUGCUGACCAUCCUGUUAGAGGUAAUUUGGUAGAAGAAUUAAUUUAUUUAGCAAUAUGCAGCACAUCAGUUUUGACACAGGGCCCUCUCGAAGACUGAGAAUCAUAAGGCCAGUAUUGUUGUGCAUAUUCCUCUGAAGAGAACAAGCCUAAAAUAUUUAAUUGACUUCAUGAUAAUUCAUAACCAAACUGAUUUUGGCUUUUUUUUCUUGAUAAAUACCUUUAAUGAAUAUCCUUUUUUUUUUUUUUUUUUUUUUGCAUUAAUUUUCUGUCAUCAUCUUAUUGACCAAUCAUUUCAACACCUGGUAACCGAGUCUCAGAAACUUCUCCACUGAGUAUUUCUGAGCUCCUAAUUUGGAUUGCAUUUUUCCUUAAACUGAGUCACUGAAAGAGAACAUGAGUUGAAUACCUAAAGGGAAAAACACCAGUUUAACUAAACAUGCUUUGUUCACUCAGACACUUGAAGACGUGGAUUCAUUUGUAAGCCAAGGCAACUUUUUUUAUAUUGCACACUUCAGCAAUAGGGCAAUUCAAAGUGCUUUACAUACAAAUUGCAAAAAAACCCACAUUAUUAAAGGGCAUUUUAACACAAAAAUAUCAUUAAUGAGCCAAGAGAAUAGAAAAUAAAAAUAAAAUUAGGCUAAAAAAGAGUAAAACAGGCAUAAAAGUUACAGUGCAGUGUGAGAAAUUAAUUUUUUGAUUUGAUAAAAGGCAGCAACAAACAGGAAAGUCCUCAACCCAAAUUUAAAAGAACUGAAAGUUGCGGCGGACCUACAGUUUUCUGGGAGCUUGUUCCAGAUAUUUGGUGCAUAAAUGCUAAACGCUGCUUCUCCAUAUUUAGUUUUGACUCCGGGGACACAAAGCAAACCUGUCCCAGACGACCUGAAAGGUCAGGAUGUUUCCUAAUGUAGCAGAAGAUCAGAAAUAUAUUUUGGCCCUAAACCAUUUAGUGCUUUAUAAACCAACAGUAGUAUCUAAAAUCAAUUUCUAGAUGUCACAACUGCUUCUAAAUCAACACCUGUGACAGUCAAGACAUCAAAUCUUAAUUUUGACUAAGACAUAAUUUAGUGAUUAUUUAACGUAAACAUGUUGGAUUUAACUGAUGAUGGCACAAGUGUUCUGUAUAUGCGGCCAAGUUAGUCCAGUGCCAAGUGAGUUUUAAACUUGAUUCAGCCCUGUUGAACCACAGAGGAACCGCGUCUUCUGUUCACAAUCUGUCCUCUGGGAUUAAUCUCCAUUCUGCUCCGAGCUAAAAAACACAAAACUCAGACUACAGAUGCUGGAUGAUGGAGUUGCGCUUGAUUUCCGUUGCCCAACAUGUAAAGAGAACCCAUCAUAUGUGAAUUUAAGUCAUUUUACAGGACCUGAAAUUGUGCACAAGAUCAGUACAAACACCUAAAGGAGCAAUAAUGAGAAAAAAAGGAUUGUGAAUCUUCAUUUAUGUAAGAAAAUACUGUCAGGUGAACUGACAAAAACAUCCCUUACAAAGCUCUGAAAUGGCCUUUAAGCACUGCAGUCCUCACUGUCCUUUGGAUAAAAACUAGAAUAACUAAAGUCCCCUCACUAUAUGUGAACAUGUAGAAAAAUAUUAGUAAAGUUUUGCAGACUCUGUCCACUGCAGUGUUUAACCUCCUCCAGUACUUGAACUACUUGUUGUGUGUUUUCAUGCUGAUGCCCGUCAUGUUGUUGACAGAGCUGAACGAUGAUCACUGUGUAAUAAACUGUCUGUUCUACUGACUGUUGUAUAAUAAGUGACCAAUAAAGUCACUGUCUGCC